AUGGAUGAAGAAAUGGCCCAACCUCUGGACCCGACCGAACGCCAGGAACUGGUGUCAAUUCUCACAACUCAUCUAGAGGAUAAGAGAGGCUCCUUAAAAGCACGUCUCUUGGGUCGAAUCGUCAAUUUCUUAAGAUCCGACAAUUCUAACUCCACUGAUGAUGACAUUUUUUACAUCAACGAAGAAAGAAUGCGCCUACGUGAAGUCCUUCAACAUGAUCACAAGACAGCUCCCAAUUAUAUUCCAGUUCGUGAUUUGAGAAGUUUGAUCAUUUUCCUGAAUACCUCCAUUCUUGACGGACCCGCGAAGGCGACACAAGAAAGAAAGUUUUGCCUCGAGAAUCUCGAGACUGCAAGAAUCAGGCCCACUUCGCCCUUCAGCCCUUCGGCUAAGAGACUCCUACAACAAGUAUUACGCCAAACCCAGUCCGAAGCCAGUGACAACCUGCUCUCAACGUUAGAGGCCUCGGUAUCACUUGCCUCGUCACAAAGGAUGCCCUUUUUCCACAAAUGCAUCGCAUUCUUAGAAUCAAGCAGCGUUAUGUCAAAAGCCCCGAUUUCCGACGCCUCUUCGUCCCCUGCAUCUCCAUCCUCUAGCAGUGGCCCAGCUCAGAAAACUUAUAUCGACGAUGAAACACAAACGUUCGAACUAGGAAGCACUGAUGCAGACCCUCCUCCGCCUGGCCCAGUGUUUCCCAACUUGCAUACAGGUGAAUCUCUCUUCGACAUUACCGAAACUCAUCCUGACCGAGAGCUUCUGAAACCAUUUUGGGCUUUAGAAUAUCCCGAUCUGCCAAUCCUUUCCCGGCCCCAUCUGAAUGAAUUUAAUCAGGUAUACUGGUGCAAUCCUCCUAGAGACUCACUCACCUCUCCGCAAAGAGUAAAGGCAGCGAUCCUUUCGUACUGCUUUGCUCUGUCUUCUUUACGGCCAGGGGCUAAUGCCGCCAGAUCAGCCGACAGCUAUUUCCAACAAGCCCAGGAACUCGCUGGUGAUUUCCUCGAUCAUGAAAAAUCCGUCAGUUUGGUUCAAAUUCUGUGUCUCAAAGCGCAGUAUCUGUUCGCAAUUGGAGACUUGGAAAAGGCUUCCGAUAUAAUAUGGCUAGCCAAAAAAAGGGCUGAGACUCUUGGGUUCCAUAACAGAGCUCAAGGAAGGGCAAUGGUGUCCAAGUCGGUUUCUCGGACCGCCGGAGAACGGGAUAAACUGGUGGACUGGAGGAUCUGGCAGCACACAGUGAAUACGCAUCGCUCACUUGCUCUCCGUUCCGGUGUCCCCUACCCAUCUGUCGAUCAUCUUUGUGAUGACGCAUCCUCUCCUGUCACCGGAAUAGGCCUCAAGAGGUCCGAUAUGCUCAUCUUCGAAUUCCACAAAGCUUGUUCGCGUCUGUACGCAGAGGUUGAAGAUUUACUGGGCAUCGAAGAUACAUUUCGGGUGGAUUGGAGAGGAGGUUCGUUUGACAGAUGA